AAUUGGACGAUCGAUGACCAGAACGGCGACGCCGUAACAGGCGUCAUGCCCGUCUACACCGGCGCGUGGAAGCAGGGCGCGACCUGCACCAACUGCGCCGUCUCGCUCGAUCACACGAGCGUGCACGACGGCACCUGGCACGACGGCACGACGAGCCCGAACGAGGUCCCGCACGCGAUCACCGCCCAGUUCACGGGCACGGCGGUGUACGUGUUCAACGUCGUCCCGAACAAGGCUCUCCUCGUGGAGUCGGUUUCGGACAUGAUCUUCUUCCUCGACGGGCAGCAAGUGGGCACGUACCAGCACCAGCCAGACGACACCUGGGGCUACAUGUACAACGUGUGCGUGUUCGCGAAGACGGGGCUAUCCAACGGUGCGCACACGAUCGAGAUCCGCGCCGGGGUCGCGGAGUCGAACAUCAUCCUCUUCGACUACAUCGUCUAUACA